AUGGCCUCCAACCCUCCCGCUGCCUGCUGUGCCACUGGUUUCAAGCACCAGGGUACUCCCGCAGGCGAGGUGAAGAACAUCGAUGGUGUCGACACCUACAUCACAUACCCCAAGGACAACAAGACCCCCGAAAAGGCCGUGGUCUUCUUGACCGACAUCUUCGGCAUCUUCCCCAACUCCCAGCUCCUCGCCGAUGAGUACGCCAAGAAUGGCUAUCUGACCGUCGUCCCGGACCUGUUCCAGGGUGACCGCAUCAGCCCCGAAGACAUGGACUCGGGCAACGUCGACUUUGGUGCCUGGUUGCCCAAGCACCAGCCCGCCAAUGUCGACCCCGUCGUCGAGGCCACUGUCAAGUAUGUCCGUGAGACCUUGGGGGUGAAGAAAGUCGCAGCCGUGGGAUACUGUUUCGGUGCCAAGUACGUGACCCGCUUCCUCAAGAGCAACAAGGUUGACGUUGGCUUCGUGGCCCACCCUUCCUUCAUCACUCACGAAGAGCUUGGUGCGAUCCAGGGUCCUUUCUCCAUCGCCGCUGCCGAGACCGACUCGAUCUUCACCACCCAGCUCCGCCACGAGUCUGAGGAGACCCUCGCCAAGACUGGUCAGCCCUGGCAGAUCAAUCUGUUCAGCGGUGUCGCUCACGGCUUUGCCGUCCGCGGUGACUUGAACGUCAAGAUCCAAAAGUGGGCCAAGGAGCAGGCAUUCUACCAGGCUAUUGCUUGGUUCAGCCAGUAUCUGUAA